AUGCGAAAAGAUAAUAUAAAAACUGCUAGAUCAGGUCAUGAACAAACAACAAAAAAAGCUCCUACGAAAACAAAAGGACGUUCAUUUUGUUGUUCAAUGUUUAUUUAUACAUUUGUCUUUGUUUCUGGUGUUGUUGUCGCAACAAUAUUACCUGAUUUAGCUGGUCAUCAUUUUAAACAACCUUAUGGCAAAGAAUAUGGCGCUAUGGCUGAACAAAUAUUUAAAGAUUUACCUAAAUAUUUGAAAAAUUUACGUGAAACAGCUAUGGUACUUGGUAAUAAUUUAGUCGAUCGUGUAUGGGAUCUUAAAGCUGAACUUCAACGACGAGUUGAAAAUAUGAAUAAUAAAAAAGAAGAUACAAUAAAAACAAAAACAGUUACUCAACGUCCAACAACUCGAACAACAACACGAGCUAAUACUAAAAAAGAUCAAGCACACGACACAAAACAAACAACGUCUACAGCAAGUAAAUAA